CAGCUCUCUCCUCCUCUAGCCGGGCCGAUGGGCAAGACCAAAAGAGACUUAUUCAACUAAUGAGGAGGACAGGAAAGAAAGAAUACUUCGUCUGCUGUCGAUGUGCAACGCGGAGCUUUGAGAGACUUCGCCCACAACCUCAAUUUUUGUGAAUUUCAUCUUUGUUUACAUCUUUGAAGUGAAAGACAGCUUGGGGUUGGAUCUUCUCAUGGCGAUGUCCAUGAGAUGGAAACGGGACCAUAUUUCUGGACUAGAGACUCGCAAAAGUGAUGCGUAAGAGUGUGGACCGCUGCGGGUUCGCCUUCUCCAAACUGGCGCUCAACUGGCACGACUGCAACCUUUAAGUCAUCCUUUCUCCACUUUGCAUCCCCUUCUCACUUCAAUCGAACUUUAUUCAAACACUUUACAAACACACCAACAUGCAGGUACUACUGUUUGCCACCGUGCUUCUUCACCUCAACCACUUUGCCAACGCAGAACUCAAAGCGAGCAAGUGCCCGGCGCGCUGCGACGUCUCCAGCUGUCCGAGCCCCAGCUGCCCCAGCGGGUACGUCCCGGACCGCUGCAACUGCUGCCUUGCGUGCGCACAGGCUGAGGGCGAGCCGUGCAGCCGCAAAGACGAGCUGCCCUGUGGGGAAGGGCUGGAGUGCAAGCACCCGGCGGGCAAACGGCUGUUCCCCCUAAAGGGCGUCUGUCAGUGCAGACAGGGCCACAAGAUUUGCGGCUCCGAUGGGAAGACCUACGGGAACUCGUGCCAGCAGAAGGCGGCGAGCAGGGAGGCCCUGCAGAAGGGACGUCCCGCUAUCGAACAGGCGCACAAGGGACCGUGCGAGAGCAGCACCGGUGUAUCCCAUCCUACCAGUCCCCGCUACAAGUUCAACUUCAUCGCCGACGUGGUGGAGAAGAUAGCGCCGGCCGUCGUUCACAUUGAGCUGUUCCUCAGGCACCCCCUGUUCGGACGUAACGUCCCCCUGUCCAGCGGGUCUGGGUUUGUGAUGUCCGACACGGGCCUCAUCGUGACCAACGCUCACGUGGUCUCCAGCUCUUCUGCUCUGUCUGGGCAGCAGCAGCUCAAGGUCCAGAUGUGCGACGGCGAUGUGUACGAGGCGAAUAUCAAAGACAUCGACAAAAAGUCGGACAUCGCUACGAUCAAAAUAAACCCAUCGAAAAGGUUGCCGAUGUUAUCGCUGGGCCACAGCGCUGACCUGCGGCCCGGGGAGUUUGUGGUCGCCAUCGGCAGCCCCUUCGCCCUCCAGAACACCGUUACCACGGGGAUAGUGAGCACGGCCCAGAGGGACGGCAAGGAGCUGGGCAUCAGAGACUCUGACAUGGACUACAUACAGACCGACGCCAUCAUCAACUACGGAAAUUCAGGAGGGCCUUUGGUCAACUUGGAUGGCGAGGUCAUCGGGAUCAACACCCUGAAGGUGGCGGCGGGAAUCUCCUUCGCCAUCCCCUCAGACCGAAUCACCCGCUUCCUCAACGAGUCGGUGGACAAGCACAGCAAAGAGGUCCGAUCCGUCAAAAAGCGCUUCAUCGGAAUUCGGAUGCUGACCAUUACACCCACGCUGGUGGAGGAGCUGAAGCAGCAGAACCCUGACUUUCCCCAGGUGGCCAAAGGGAUAUAUGUCCAUGAGGUCGUCGCUCAAUCCCCCGCACAGAAGGGCGGUAUCCGGGACGGCGACAUCAUCGUGAAACUGAACGGCCGACCGCUGCUGACCACGGCCGACCUGCAGGGGGCGCUGCUCGAGGAGUCGUCCCUCCUGCUUGAGGUCCGCCGGGGCAACGACGACCUGCUCUUCAACAUCGAGCCCGACGUCAUCAUGCAGUAGCGGUCGCCGGUCGCGCCGUCGCCGGGGAGACGCCGAAGUCCGAGACGGCGGCCAUCUUGGUUCUGAAGGCUCAGUUAUGGUUCCACGUCGACGCAACGCAAGGGGGUUUACGGACCCCUUACGUCGCUGCGGACCCUCCUUGCGUCCAGCGCAAGGGCCUGCGGUGUGCUUCCCAAAAGGGUUAACCUUGUGUCAAGGCGACGCAGCAGCAAGAGCUGUGAUUGGUCCGCUCGCUAAAACCCGACGCAGAACCAAAACAGGUCCUGGACUGCGUCGAAGCGUCUGCGUGGUCCUUGCGUUGCGUCGACGUGGAACCCUAAUCAGCCCUUAAGACGACCCACCGGAUAAGAAACUGGUCCAACGCUGAUGUUUAAACAAAAAACGCGAGAACCGAGGUGCUGAAAUGCUUUGUUUUUUACGAUAAGUGACGAUUUUUAUCCCGAGGGAACUUUUCGUGGAAGAAAGAAGGGGUAUGUUUAUAAAAAAACAACAAAAUGCUGUAAAACGUCAAGAUAAAGAUCACAAAUGGUUCCAAAAGCCAAGAAGAACAAAUAAGAUAUAGUGUUUUGCAGUCUGGUUUGGGUGGUGACAGUCUUGAGCAUGGUUAAAAUAUCAUUAUAAAUAUGACGAGUUAUUUAGAAGUCUGUUUUUUAUUAUGUGUCUUAUUCGCUCAUGCAAGUUUGUCUUCGACCCACCCGACAAAAAGAGGAGUUCAACAUUAUAAUCCUUUUUAGUGCCCGAUGUGAGCUACAUUUUUAAGCUCCCAACACUGUUAUGCUGUUAUUGUUUCAUAUGCCAACGUGAAAACCUAAAUCGAUUCAUCACUCACUACUGCUGGAGUAUAUUUGUCUUGUUGUUUGUGUGCACGAAAAGAUUAUACACUCAAACUGUCAAAUGUUUUGUCAUACUUUUGCUUUUUUAAAUAAAAACAUUUUAAUAAA